AUGAAGUCCUUCAAGUUAAUAGUUCAUCAGUCCAGUUUUAGCUCGGAAGAUCUUAUUAUAAAUCUUAAAGACUAUCCAGGAUUAAAAGAAAAAGAUAUAGUUGAAAUCUAUCAUCCAGAAAAUGACUAUCCACGAUUACUUUUACAAGUUACUAAGGUAGAUGCUCCAGGACGAGGGAGAGACACCAUCAGUGUAGAGCAAAGCAUUGCUACCACCUUCCAACUGCGAACAUUUGCUGAUGUGUAUGUUAAUAUUGUAAAUGUGGCAGAUGUGGCCUUAGAUUCUGUAGAAUUGACUUUUAAAGACCAAUACUUGGGCAGAUCUGAAAUGUGGAGACUGAAGAAUCAUUUAGUAAGCACAUGUGUAUAUCUUAACAAGAAAAUAGAAUAUUGUAGCAGUGCAGUAAGAUGUCAGGUGUAUGAAAUGUGGUCUCAAGGUGAUAGAGUGGCUUGUGGUGUUAUUACGGAGGACACGAAAAUUGUAUUUCGAUCUUCAACAUCAAUGGUAUAUCUCUUCAUUCAAAUGUCUUCAGAAAUGUGGGAUUUUGAUAUACAUGGUGACUUGUAUUUUGAGAAGGCUGUUAAUGGCUUUCUUGCAGAUCUUUUUGCUAAAUGGAAAAAAAAUGGCAGCAAUCAUGAAGUAACAAUUGUACUUUUUUCAAGAACAUUCUACAAAGCAAAAACAUUAGAAGAAUUCCCACAACAUAUGAAAGAGUGUUUACAAAAGGAUUAUAGAGGCAGAUUCUAUGAAGAUUUUUACAGAGUUGCAGUUCAGAAUGAGAGAUAUGAAGACUGGUCAAAUGUGCUGUUGCAAUUAAGACGGUUGUUUACUGAUUAUCAAAAAAUUGUUUUGCAAUAUCAUGAGAGGCCGAACAUGGAAAUACCAACAGCAAUCAACUCCACUGCAGCACAGGGAAAUUUUCUUGAAGUGCUCAAUAUGAGUUUGAAUGUGUUUGAAAAACAUUAUCUAGAUAGAUGUUUUGACCGUACCGGCCAACUUAGUGUAGUAAUAACGCCAGGAGUCGGCGUCUUUGAAGUUGACAGAGAGUUGACUAACGUCACGAAGCAGAGGAUCAUAGACAACGGAGUGGGGAGUGACCUCGUGUGUGUGGGAGAACAACCUCUCCACGCUGUACCAUUGCUAAAGUUCCAUAACAAAGACAGCAAUCUAAACUCCAUAGACGAUUACUCUAUGCCACAUUGGAUAAACUUGUCGUUUUAUUCAACAAAUAAAAAAGUUGCCUACUCAAAUUUUAUUCCAAGAAUCAAAUUGCCCCCAAGGAAAAGUCAGGAGCCCUUGAAGAAAAUGUACGAGGACGAAUAUAGAGGGAAAUUGUUAAAAGAGGAUGAUUAUAUGCAUAAUUCUAUAUUUGAUUACGACGCGUACGACGCGCAAGUUUUUCAAUUACCACCAGCGCAUAGUACAUGUGUGCAAAGAAUUUCACGUACAAAGAAAACAUCUAUGGCCGGCUUGGAAAGUAUAAGCAGGAGAAGUCCACCGACCACUGCAAUACAUCAUAGAAAAAUGUCAGAUCCUGAUAUUCAUCACAGCCUUGGCUCGGAUAUAUUGACAAGUUGUAAUAAAUACAACUCGAACGAGGCGUCGAGCGACGUGCCAGACGCGGCCACGCCGGCUUGCCGGGCGGCGCGCGGCGCGGCGCCCGGCAAGCCGGUGAUGCGCACGGGCCGCGCGCUCAUCAACCCCUUCGACCCCUCGCACGUCACCGUCAAGCUCACCAGCAACAGGCGACGGUGGACACAUAUAUUUCCUAAAGGUCCAACAGGAGUUUUAAUUCAGCAACAUCACUACCAAGCGCGGCCCGCGGGAGAGCCCGCCUCGAAGGUGGAACAUCGCGAAAACAAUAUAAAUAAAGAUAAUGGCUCCAUUAAUAACAAUCACUCUGUGUACCAAGUGGAUGAUAUGUCGCUUUUAGGCAACAUAAUGAGCCGCAAGCGCAUGGUGAGCGUGUCGGGCGCGCUGCCCGCCGCCACCAACAACGCGUCGCUGGCGCUGCUGUGGGGCGCCACCGGCGAGCAGGAGUGGACGCCCGCGCUCACCACCGGAGUGGACUGGAAAUCAUUGACAAUCCCGGCGUGUCUUCCUAUCACUACUGAUUAUUUUCCCGACAAGAGGUCUCUUCAGAACGAUUAUCUCGUGUCGGACUACAAUUUGUUGCCCGAUGACGUGAAUGCAGACUUCGCACAAAAUAGGGCCAUAUAUAAGGAACCACUAACGACAAUGGAAGUGUUUAAAGAAUUAGUCUCUCAAAGGUUGGCUCAGGGUUUCCAAUUAAUAGUCGGUGUAAAUGAAAGUGAAGUGAUAGAGUCCCACUGUCCCUCGACACACGCGCCGCCGUCCAAGGUGGCGCCGCAGAGCAGUGCGGCGGCCAACGCUGCCACCAAGCGCUACCUGCUCUCUAUCGGACGCAUCUUCCACAAGCUCACCUUGGUCGGCUCUACCAUCACCGUCACUAGAUAUAGACCUAGACAUCCAUAUCCACCUUUCAACAUCCACUACAGAUAUCGUUUCCAUGCACCCUACCAUGACACUUACGAGGUGUCCUGGGUGUCUUUUACUACAGAGAAGUUGGAAAAUUACAACUGGAAUUACAUGGAUCAUUAUAUUUGUACACGAGGAGACACAGAUUUUUCUCUUGUAGAGGCACUUAAAUACUGGCGUUUCCGAACCCUGCUGUUGCCGCUGUCCAACCCGGCGACCAAGAUGAUCCUCGAGGACGACUCGACCCACUGCGACAUCUACCCCACGCCCACGCGCCAGGACCUGGACAACCUCACCGAAGGGUUCCUUAAAAUGACUGAGUCAUAUUUCAAUAAGGUCAAAAGACCAAACAAACAGAGGGUAGCUAUGGUAGGGCCGGAGUCGCUUAGGACAGGACUGCUGCAGGUGGCGGGCGGCGCGGCGGCGGAGGCGCUCACGCGGCGGCGCCACUCCACCUCCAACGUCGGCCGGCACGCGCAGCAGGGCGGGGUGUCCAGCUCUCCGUUCAGAGAGCGCGUCGGCAGCACGCGGCUCCCCGACCGCCCGCGGCUUCGGAUCGAAGCUAUAAACGCGGCGAAGACCGUUUUAGAGCGCUCACAAUCUCAAUCUGGUGAAUGCGAUGAUACCUACGAUGAUGGUGUAAUCGAACCCAAGUUAAAAGCGAAUGCGACGCUGACAGAGGUCGUAGAGCGAAUGCGUCACCCGAGCCUCGGGGUAGGUUUUCUGCAACAAACAGUGAGCUUGCCCUCGCACACGUUCGUCUCCAUCUACGCGAUACACUGGCUUCAAGCUAAUAUGGAAAAUAUUACAUAUGAAAAAGCAACCAACAUUAUGGAGAAACUUCUCCAAGAAAAGAUGAUAAGUCAUGCUUCUGGAGAUACAUUAAAACGUUACAUCGUCGGCUAUUACAUGUUUCAUAUUCUCCCACAGAAAAAAGAAAAAGAACUAGGAGAAUACGUGAAGCCGUUAGGUGAUCUCCAGAGCUUCGAGAACGAAUGGAUGGAAGUGGAAGUACUGGGGCCGAGGUCACCGCUGCUCACUUCGGAAAGUGCCGUCGGUGCGAUAGACAUAUCCGGCAGCAGCCCCGCCGCCGCCGCCGCCGGCGACUCCGGCAUGCCGGCCUUCCUCUGCGAUAAUAUAGACCCCAACUAUCUGCAGCUCGGCAGUGAUGACUUACCAUUAUAUAAGAAUACGCACUUAGACAUCGAUGUCAACAACAAAAGUGAUCGUAUAGAGUGGGGCCACGCGCGCUACCAGGCCACGUUCAGACCCGACCAGGCCUACGAGAUGUGCAUACAGUGGGCCAUUGCUAGUGGAAAUAUUGUCGCUGAAUUAAUAGUCGGUUGGGCCCGCAAAGCGCAGAGCUGCCGGCUGCAGAUGGUGCCCAUCCCGGCGGACCCGCUCGCUUUGCCCUUCACCGUCAAGUCGGAUCCUUUGCGAGGACCCAUCUAUAUACCUCUCAAUGAAGAGCCGUUGUUGGGAGGAAAACUCGCCUUGUUCGAAGGUUUUCCAGAAGAGACAUGGCUUGAGCGUCUCUUCUUGUUCCAAGAAGCGAUAGUUGAACGUUUCGGCUUCAUAAAGUGUACAGUAGAAAGUACGUCGCACGCGGCCGGCGUCGGCGACCACCUGUACGUGCACGUCACCGGCAACAUGUUCAUUCUCAUCCCCACUACCGUGAAGGCCGAGCUUAAGGGCUUGAGGUGCAAGCCAGUUAACAAACCGGUAAACGCUAGCAGGUAUCCUGUUCCUUUUGAAGCAGCUCCAAGUCCUCAUGAAGGCUACAUAACACGUCAUGUCAGUGGGAAAAAUAAAGACGAUUAUGAUAAUAAUCGAAGGAUGGGUUUUCUGUGGUCCUGGAAUCACAUGAUAUCAAAAAAAUGGAAAUGGUCUCAAACUCCAGCUACAGGAGACGAAGGUUUUCAAAUGAGAAUGCUACGCGAUUUUAAACAUUUCUGCGCAAAUCACGAACAGAGAUUGAGUCAAUUCUGGGAUCAAUGUUGGGAGCUACGUGAAAAAGCAAAGGGAAUAAAAUGUUUU